CCUUUGUGAUGUCAUGGACUAUCCUCUUGUCUCAGUUUAACGAGACUGAAGUGUUUUGCUAAGGAGGAUGUUAUGAGGAAGACCAAACUCCUCCCUCUAAGCAAUUGUAAAUCCGAAAUUAAGAGGCUCUAAUUGAGGAAGCAUGGAGAAAGAAAAAAUAACAGCCCUUUAUUAAAGGAUAUAUGUGUAUUGGCAGAACAGCAAAAGAAUACAAAAACCGAUCAAACCAAUAAUCCUGUACCCAAAAAUCCCCCUCAAAAGGAAACAGAUCUGAGCUGGGACAGAACAGGGCGCAGGAAAACGGAGGCACACCGGGGCCAGAAAACAAUCCAGCUGACCAGGCCAAAACCAAAGUGAACCUCGGACCCCUCCUACACAAACCCUCCCUACAGUCAGAGCAAAAGUGAAGUCCCUCCCAUUUCCGAGGAGAGGGGAAAAAAACCUCAUCACCCCUCCCCAGUCUUCGGAGGGCCAUCAGCUUGGAAUGUGGAUCUGCUGCCCAUGUCUCUCCUGGAAGGUGUUUCUUCUGCUAUCACCUACCAUAGCCAUAACCCGUGAGAAAGGUGGAGGAUGCGCUUUCCUACCUGGACCAGGUGAAGAUCCGGUUUGGCAGCGACCCUGCCACAUACAACGGCUUCCUGGAGAUCAUGAAGGAGUUCAAGAGCCAGAGCAUUGACACACCUGGAGUCAUCCGUCGUGUUUCUCAGCUUUUCCAUGAGCACCCUGACCUCAUUGUAGGAUUCAAUGCAUUUCUCCCUCUGGGCUACAGGAUAGAAAUUCCAAAGAAUGGGAAGUUGAGUAUACAGUCACCUUUGAAUAGUCAGGUGCCCCCAGAGCCUGUUCCCGGUGCGUUCCCUGGCAGUGGGAUGUUGUUGCACUACUCCCAGGAGAACGCACACAAUCACAGUGACUGCUCAGAGGAGUUCAGGCAACAGCUUCCAUACAAAGAAGAUAAAUCCCAAAUUCCCCUGGAAUCUGAUUCUGUAGAGUUCAACAAUGCCAUCAGUUAUGUGAAUAAGAUCAAAACACGCUUCCUUGACCAUCCAGAAAUUUACAGAUCCUUUCUAGAAAUUCUUCACACUUACCAGAAAGAGCAGCUGAACACCAAGGGCCGACCCUUUCGAGGCAUGUCUGAGGAGGAGGUGUUUACUGAAGUGGCCAAUCUGUUCCGGGGACAGGAGGAUCUGCUCUCUGAGUUUGGACAGUUCCUCCCAGAGGCAAAAAGGUCUUUGUUCACAGGAAAUGGACCAUGUGAAGUGAACAGUGUCCAGAAGACUGAGCAUGAGAAGAAUCUGGAGCACAGCAAAAAGCGAUCCAGACCAUUGCUGCUGCGUCCUGUUUCUGGCCCAGCAAAGAAGAAAAUGAAGCUGCGGGGUACCAAAGAUCUGUCAGUGGCAACAGUGGGGAAAUAUGGAACACUGCAGGAGUUUUCCUUCUUUGACAAGGUUCGCAGGGUGCUCAAGAGUCAGGAGGUCUAUGAAAAUUUCCUCCGUUGCAUUGCUCUCUUCAACCAGGAGUUGGUCUCUGGCUCUGAGUUGCUUCAGCUUGUUACACCGUUUUUAGGGAAAUUCCCAGAGCUCUUUGCACAGUUCAAGUCCUUCCUUGGUGUGAAAGAGCUUUCCUUUGCUUCUCCACUGAGUGACCGAUCUGGGGAUGGAAUGAGCCGGGAAAUUGAUUAUGCAUCCUGCAAGCGCAUUGGAUCCAGUUACAGGGCUCUCCCAAAAACCUACCAGCAGCCAAAGUGCAGUGGAAGGACAGCCAUUUGCAAAGAGGUAUUAAAUGAUACCUGGGUUUCGUUUCCAUCCUGGUCUGAAGACUCCACUUUUGUCAGCUCCAAGAAGACUCCGUAUGAGGAGCAGCUGCACCGCUGUGAGGAUGAGCGAUUCGAGUUGGAUGUUGUCCUGGAAACCAAUUUAGCCACAAUUCGCGUGCUGGAGAGCGUGCAGAAGAAACUGUCACGGCUGACCCAAGAGGAUCAGGAGAAAUUCCGCCUGGAUGAUUGCCUGGGAGGGACAUCGGAGGUGAUCCAGCGCCGGGCCAUAUAUCGCAUCUAUGGGGACAAAGCACCAGAGAUCAUUGAGAGUCUCAAGAAAAACCCAGUUACUGCAGUUCCUGUUGUUCUUAAGAGAUUGAAAGCAAAGGAGGAGGAAUGGAGGGAGGCCCAGCAGGGCUUCAACAAGAUUUGGAGGGAGCAGUAUGAGAAGGCCUAUUUGAAAUCCCUGGACCACCAGGCUGUCAACUUCAAACAGAAUGACACCAAAGCCUUGCGCUCCAAGAGCUUGCUGAAUGAAAUUGAGAGUGUCUAUGAUGAGCAUCAGGAGCAGCAUUCAGAGGGAAGAAGUUCAUCCACAAACGAGCCUCAUCUUAUCUUUAUCUACGAAGAUAAGCAGAUUUUGGAAGAUGCAGCAGCUCUGAUCAGCUACUAUGUAAAGAGGCAGCCUACCAUCCAAAAGGAGGAUCAGGCAACCAUCAGGCAGAUCGUGCAUCACUUCAUUCCUGAGCUGUUCUUCUCCCAACCUCCUGAGCACAACAUUUCUGAAGAAUCAACAGACGAGGACAGAGAAAACCACCAGGGGCAGAACCCGGAUGCUCCUGAGCUACGGAAAAAACAUGUGCCUGGACCUCCAAGCAGUCCUUUGGAGACCAAAGCAACCUUCUGUGACGUUACAGCUGCUGAGCCCCACAACACUCUGGAUGAUGUUUACAGCCUCUUCUUUGUCAACAAUAAUUGGUAUUUCUUCCUCCGCCUUCACCAGACUCUGUGCUCGAGGCUCCUAAAGAUUUAUCGUCAAGCUCAGAAGCAGCUUCUGGAAUACAGGACUGAGAAAGAGAGAGAGAAACUCCUCUGUGAGGGAAGAAAAGAGAAGACCAAUGAUCCAGCCAUGGAGCUAAGGCUGAAGCAACCAAGUGAGGUGGAACUGGAGGAGUACUACCCUGCCUUCCUGGAUAUGGUGAGGAGUCUGCUGGAUGGGAACAUCGACCCAACGCAGUACGAGGACACACUGAGGGAGAUGUUCACCAUCCACGCCUACAUCGGCUUCACUAUGGACAAACUGGUGCAGAACAUCGUCCGCCAGCUUCACCAUCUUGUGAGCGAUGACAUCUGCUUGAAGGUGGUUGAGCUCUACUUGAAUGAGAGGAAGCGAGGAGCUGCUGGAGGUAACUUAUCAUCCAGGUGUGUGCGGGCAGCAAAGGAGACCAGCUAUCAGUGGAAGGCUGAACGGUGCAUGGCAGAUGAGAACUGUUUCAAGGUCAUGUUUCUUCAGCGGAAAGGACAGGUGAUCAUGACCAUUGAGCUGCUGGAUACAGAAGAAACCCAGACAGAGGAUCCUGUGGAGGUCCAGCACCUGGCCAACUACAUGGAGCAGUACGUUGGAGUGGAAGGAGCUCCCAACAACCAGAACGAUGGCUUCCUCCUGAAACCGGUCUUUCUGCAAAGAAACCUGAAGAAGUUUCGCAAGUGGCAGUGCAAGCAGGUGAGGGCCCUGCGCAGUGAGGUGAAGAGCUCCUGGAAGAGGCUCAUCGGGGUGGAAAGCGCCUGCAACGUGGACUGUCGCUUCAAACUCAACACCCACAAGAUGAUGUUCAUCAUGAACUCAGAGGAUUACAUGUACAGGAGGGGAGCUCUCUGCCGAGCCAAGCAGGUCCAGCCCGUGGUGCUGCUGAAGCACCACCAGCAGUUUGAGGAGUGGCACAACCGGUGGCUGGAGGAGAACGUGUCCAUGGAGGCCGUGGAUGUGGUUCAAGACUGGCUAAUGGGAGACGAGGACGAGGAGAUGGUGCCCUGCAAAACCACGUGUGAGACAGUGAACGUCCACGGGGUGCCAGUGAACAGAUACAGAGUCCAGUACAGCCGCCGUCCCGCUUCGCCCUGAGCACAUGCUUGUCCCUGGCACCAUAAAAGUCAGAGCAUUGCUGGUGAAGCACAUUUACUCUGAGAAUAGUGAUGGGAAUGCAAUGUAUGUAUUAAUGAUAUUUAUCCAAACAGCAUUUUACUUUGGAUUAUGAUGUAUUUUCCAUAUGGCAUAGACUUGUCUCCUUUCAGUGUAAUCCUCCAGCCAUCAUGAAGAGACUCUUAAAAGCUUUAUGGGAAGGGGGCUCUUGGCAUUGCCACACACUUUUGAGUAGUUUCCUGGCUUUAGGCCACUGCUGACCAGCCCAUCCUGGAAGGCUCAGUGAGGGGGUGAACUACCACUAGUGGCUUUGUUGGAGAGAUGGAGCUCAACUGGUAUUUGAGCAGAUGCUGGCAGCUGCUUCCACUUUGAAGGGUUUAAUAUUCCCCAUCUUCCUGAAUUUAUGCCAUCUUGGAGCCUGCAGAACUCUUCAAUGUAACCUGGGAGUGCCAGAGUGGCUGAGAGCCCCUGCCACAGCUCAGCAGCCUCGCUCUGGGCGGCUCCGUUAUUCACGUGAACAAGGCAAGGGAUGAUUCUUAUUACUGUUGCUCUGGUGAGAAAAAUGCCAAAACUGAGACAAGGGUGACCAGCACUCUGAACGCUCUGACUCUCCCUCAUUAACCAAGAAUUCUGGAGCAUGAACUAAAGGGAGGAAACUGAGCUGCAGCACCGGGCAAGGGAGCGAUUCGCGGCACAAGGACCCACCGGUUGGUGUUGCCUUGGGAACUGAGGACCUGCUGUAGCCUCUGCCUUCUUCAGCAGGAGGGAGGAAUAUCCAUUGCGAGGUCUGGCCUGUUUUUUGGUUUGUGUUUUGCAUGUUGAUCGGCAGCUCCAGAGCAUUCCCGGCGGUCCCCUCCCCUGUGCAUGCACGGGGUUCGCUGGGUUGUACCGCAUCCUUCCAUCGGCAGAUGGAGCUCCCGGAGCGCGGCGUGUGCUGGAGCUGAGCUGUGUCCUGAGAACUCUCCUGUUUCUGCUGGCUCAGCACAGCCGCUGGAUUUGCAGGGACACAUGGAAAUCUGUCCUAGGCGGUGUGAGAUCCAGCUGCAGCCAUCGUAGAUGAGCUUUUCCACUGUACUGCUAUCGAAGCUUUUUCACCAUGAAACCUAACAAACCCUCCCCUGACCUGUACAGAAAACACUACAUCAAUCAUCUAAUUCAUCUAGUGAGAAAUCGAGGAAAUGUAGUUGUGUCUGUCCUUGGGAUUUCACUCCUGUUUUCCAGGGGCCAAGGGAAAGCACACUGUCCAUGGAGUGUAUUACAAACAUAAUGUCUUGAGGCAUAUCCAACCUCCUUUCAUCUUUUCUUCCAACUCUUUUCUGGCUUUUGGGGCAAUAAAACCCCCCACCCUGAUACUUUUUGUGGCUUUGAUUUUUAGGUUAUUAUUUCUGCCAGACCUAAGGAGCAGCCUGGAGGAUUUGUCCUGGGUUAUUUCCACUGUACGACAUUUGGUUUCGAAAUUGUUUCGCUUGAGAGUAGAAAAAUUGGCCUUUGGGGUAUGCUAAAUAGAAAACUGUCCUGAGUCUUUGUCUGUUUUGCAAAAUAAUCUGUGGGAGGGAAGCAGAGAGGCCAGCCUCUGGCAUUCAUGGCCACUUGCACAACCACUCCCAGCAGAGACUUUUCAUCAAGAACUCCUGUUUUCCUGGUCUGAGUCUCUGUUAAAUUUUGGUUACUGAAAGGAUCUGAAAGUUCCUCCCCUGCUCUUGUUGCAGGAAGGGACAAGAGACACCAAGGGGUUGGGGGGGAACCGGGGGACAAACCCAGUGCAAAGGACAGUGUCCCCCAUUUGCCUCCAUUCAGCUCACCGAAACACACCUCAGUGCUCACCUCUUUGCUGACUCCCAGUGGAGAUGACAACUGUGCCAAAUUUUAUGGUUUUAUGAUACAGAAAAACUGCUUACUGGAAAAUAGGUUGAAACUUGUGGCUUAAAAUGCAUUUGAUUCUAGGUGUACUGAGGUGGGAAACACCCCUGUGCGCCGUCCUGAUCCAUCACCCCAUUUUAAGUGUACUUCAGGUAUUUUUAAGCAUCCUUAUUUUGUAAACCUUAAUUUAUAAUCAGAACAGAUUAAGCAAGACUUUUGCCCUUUGCAGUGCUGUUGUCUCAAAGCCGAGAGUAGCAAGGAUGGGAAGGGAAUAACAGGCAGGGUUUGAGAGGGGCUUGUUCGUGUCUGGGGGUUUCAGCUCGACUGCUGUGUAUCUGCACGACCUUGAGUCAAGAGUUUGUUCUUCCAUUUGUUUGAAGGAUCUUUGCUUUUGGGCUUGUAAUUGCUCUGCCAGCUCCUUGAAUGUAGUUUUUUUUAUAUUUAUUUGCACAUUCAAGUAAAAUAAAAUAAUGAUUUUAAAAGUCU